GCCGGGCGCGUCCCGGGGCCGGGCAGCCACCCGGGCGGUAGAGGCGGGAGUCGUUCUGGGCGUUGGGCGGCGCCGGGCGCACGGAACCGGGCCUCUCUCUAGUGGUCGGCGCCCCGGGGCGGAGCGAGCGCGAUGGGCGCCGGGCUGGAGGCAGGUGGCGCAGCGGCGGCGGGGCGCGGGAGGCGGGGGCGGAGCGCGCGGGGCGGGGGCCGCGGGGCUCCGUGAGACGCGCGGGCGAGCGCGCGGCAGCAGAGCCAAAGGCACGGCGGGUGGACCCGGCGGCCGCCGAGGCCGAAACCGCCCGGGCGGCGUGCGCGCUUUGUUCCCGCGCUGGGGGCCGAGCGCACUAGGCAUGGCCCAGGCGGCCGCCCCGCGCGCCCAGACCCCGCCGCGCGCCUGAGCCCCUCGCGGCGCGAGAAGACAGCGUGCGGAUCGCCCCCAAGUUAUGGAGGUGGCGACCGAGUGAGAAGGAAAAGCCACUUCGGGAACCGGGUUGCGAGAGAGCGACGGUCCGCUGGAGCUCCAGACCCUGACAGGAAGGAGAAGGCUGCAGCAAUGCCAGACUCUCCGGCUGAAGUGAAGACGCAACCCCGGUCCACACCCCCCAGCAUGCCACCCCCACCUCCCACUGCAUCCCAGGGAGCCACACGACCACCCUCCUUCACACCUCACACACAUGGAGAGGAUGGACCUGCGACGUCUCUGCCCCAUGGCCGUUUCCACGGCUGCUUAAAGUGGUCCAUGGUCUGUCUCUUGAUGAACGGCAGCAGCCACUCACCUACGGCCAUCCAUGGUGCCCCAUCUACACCCAAUGGCUUCAGUAAUGGCCCAGCCACCUCAUCUACUGCCUCGCUGUCCACACAACACCUGCCCCCUGCAUGUGGGGCACGGCAGCUCAGCAAGCUCAAGCGUUUCCUCACCACCCUGCAGCAGUUUGGCAGUGACAUCUCGCCUGAGAUUGGGGAGCGUGUGCGCACACUGGUACUGGGGCUAGUGAACUCAACUCUGACAAUCGAAGAAUUUCAUUCCAAGCUCCAAGAAGCCACCAACUUCCCACUGCGGCCAUUCGUCAUCCCCUUUCUGAAGGCUAAUCUUCCACUGCUGCAGCGGGAGCUCCUGCACUGUGCCCGCCUGGCCAAGCAGACGCCUGCCCAGUACCUGGCCCAGCAUGAACAACUGCUUCUGGAUGCCAGUGCCACCUCCCCGGUCGACUCUUCUGAGCUCCUGCUGGAAGUCAACGAAAACGGCAAGAGGAGAACACCUGACAGGACCAAAGAGAAUGGGUCAGACCGAGACCCUCUGCACCCCGACCACCUCAGUAAGCGGUCCUGCACCCUGAGCCCUGCCCAGCGCUGCAGUCCCAGCAAUGGGUUGCCCCACCCUACACCACCCCCGCCCCCACACUAUCGCCUCGAGGACAUGGCCAUGGCCCACCACUUCCGGGACUCCUACCGACACUCUGACCCCCGAGAACUGCGGGAGCGCCAUCGGUCCCUUGCCAUGACUGGGUCUCGACAAGAAGAAGUGAUUGACCAUAGGCUCACAGAACGUGAGUGGGCAGAAGAGUGGAAACACCUCAACAGUGUGAGUGUCCAGCUCCUGAACUGCAUCAUGGAUAUGGUGGAGAAGACCCGACGAUCCCUCACUGUGCUGCGCCGGUGCCAGGAGGCUGACCGUGAAGAACUCAACCACUGGAUCCGGUGCUACAGUGACUCUGAGGAAGGGAAGAAGGGCUCCACUCCCACCUCAGCCAGGUCCCUCAACAGCUGCAGUGGCCCUGAGGGGUCUCAGCUAGAUCUGCACCGGGAUUUCAUGCCCAGGACCCUCUCUGGCUAUAUGCCUGAGGAGAUCUGGAGGAAGGCUGAAGAAGCUGUGAAUGAGGUGAAGCGCCAGGCGAUGUCAGAACUACAGAAAGCCGUGUCUGAUGCAGAGCGCAAAGCCCAUGAACUCAUCACCACAGAGCGUGCCAAGAUGGAACGAGCCCUAGCUGAGGCCAAGCGGCAGGCCUCAGAGGAUGCCCUGACUGUCAUCAACCAGCAAGAGGACUCCAGUGAGAGCUGCUGGAACUGCGGGCGCAAGGCCAGUGAGACUUGUAGUGGCUGUAACGCAGCACGCUACUGUGGGUCCUUUUGUCAGCACAAGGACUGGGAGAAGCACCAUCAUGUAUGCGGCCAGAGUUUGCAGGGCCCCGCAGCUGCAGUGGCUGAUCCACUGCCUGGACAGCCUGAUGCUACUGCCAGCCCCAGCGAAGCCGGCUCAGCGGGGCCCUCUCGCCCCUGCUCUCCGGGCCCACCAGGCCCACUGGACGCUGCUGUGCCCCGCUGACCUCCAGACCCGACGCCCAGCCCAUGGACGCCAUGCCCUGCCAAUCUCCUGGCCCCACCUUGGCCUACUAGAUGCCUGGAGCUAGCCAGGUGGAGUCACUGCUGCUACUGCUUCUCUCCAAAAGAAAACACAGAUCCAACGAAACUGCAUCAAUGCAGCCUCAGCUACCUGACAAGGUCUUGCCAGGACCUCCUACAGCCUCUCUGUCUUCACAAGCAUCCUCAGAUCACUGCGGAGCUGCAGGCAGUGGCGUUGGCAGAGUAUGGCCAGCCCUGCCACUGCUUGUCCCCUCUGUGUCUGUCUCUCUGUUACUGUCUAUCUUUCUGUGUCUGCCUCUGUGUGUUUCUUGAUGUCUUGGUCUCCCUCUGUUUCCCAGCCCUGAUUCUCCCUGUGUCUCUGAUCCUGUCUUUGUCUCUGAAGCCCACAUGCUUUCUCUGUAAUCAGAGAAACCUAAUUGGUGGCUUUUAUUUUCAGUGAAGAACUUUUGGAGAUUUUGUUUUGUUUUGUUGGCAAACAAGCUACUUAGAAAUGGACAAAGAACUGUGGGGUUCUCCCCAUUCCUUAUUAGAAAGGGAAGAAACUGUGAUUUUCUAUCCAGAGCUGCUGCCUCACCCAGCCAACCCAAGGGGGAUCAGCACAUGCAGCAGAGAUGGUCAGAACAACUUCAAUUUCCAACUCAAGAAGCAUUUUUUUGUUUCAGGUUUUAUUUUAUUUCUCUUUUUUAUGUCAAAGUCUUUGGCUUUAAGUGAAAAAAAUCCAAAAAGGUUUUUUUUUGUUGUUGUUGUUUUGUUUUUAAGCAAAGGAAACAUACCUGUAAACUACCUUGCCAGCUAGCCAGCCAAGGAUGCCAGACACACCUCUCUCCAAAGGAAAUCCAAAAAGCAAACUCAAGAAAUCAAAAUCCAAAAUUUAUUUUUAUCACUGCCAAAGUAUUUUUUCAUGGUCUUUCCAUUCCUAGGUUUGUUUAGAUGUUGGUCUAUUAUUUUUGUUUUGAUUUUUUCUCAGAGGGUGUUAGGUCACUGGGAUUUGGUGGGUUGGGCCAAGAAGAAACCUUUUGUUCCUUUUUGACUAGUGGGCAGCAUCCUUGCUGGGUAAAGGGGUCAGCAGCAAGGCCACAUGACCCUCAGCACCAUGUCCAGAAGCCCCAGGCACCAUGAGCCUGAGUGUUGUGUGCCCUAGGGUCAUGUCUACGUGUCCCUGUAUGCAAGGAAGACACCUCCACCUGUCCUCACACCUUCUGUGACUCCUCAUAAUUCAUUUUCCACCUGUGGAAAAAAAGUGCUAAAGUGUUCUUCCCAGAGAGAGCACAAUUCCUAAAUGAAACUGUGACAAUCUUUUGGGUUGAUUCUUGACUGCUUUUGAAAGCAUAAGGAGACAGCAAAUCACGCUUUCUUGGUUUUCCCUCCUCUACCUCUCUGCUCUCCCAUUCCCACGCACCUCCAUCGAAGCCCUAUCUCCUAUCUCCCCAUCCCCAGUGUCUUGCUGUGGCUACCAUCAUUUCUUUCGAACUUUUACAGGAAAAAAAAAAAGGAAAAAAAAAACAAAACAAAACACAAAAGCCAGCAGCCACUCUCACCUCACCUGGAAGACUCAAGCCCAGCUGUACAUAUCCCUGUGUUGCAACCCUAAUGUUCGUCUCCAGCCCUGGGAGUGAUGGUGAUGCUUGCCCACCCACUCCAGCCCUUGCCCACCUUGCCCUUCACCCGCUCAACUCCCUCAAGGAUUCAAGGAGGAAAUGAAGGAAGGAGGCUCAUGCCUGUACCAAACAGAAAGACAGCAGACACAGUCCGGGUCUGCACCUAUGUGUGUGGCUGCAGUAAGCUGCAGGCCUAGCGUGCAAUAUGGGGGAAUUACUCCUGAUCCCUGGGCCCAAGGGGGCCCUGCCCAGAGCAAGGUGUGCAGCGUGUGUUAAUGUGAAUGUAAAUAGUCUCCACAGAGGUCCCAACCACGGCAUCAGUACCGAGGAGAUGUUUGCCAAAUAAAAAGAAAUUAAGACAAACCACAGAAGUAUGUGAAAUUUAGGAAACACUUUGGAAGGAAUCUGAGCUGUGGUCCUAUGGGCUUGUUUGGUGGCUGGUAUUUCUUCACAACUGUAAAAUUCAUUCUUUAAGAGAACAUUAUAUGGAAGGAUCCUGUUAGGCACCAUCAACUUGGUGCUACCCUGAAUGGAGCCUGACAGCAACCCUCUCUGAAGGCCAAGGUAGAUCUCAUCCUCUGGAAGGUUCUUGAGGUCACAGCCCUCCAAGUCCACAGAGAUGUAUUUUUGUGGGUUUCAGAGAAGCCAGGACACAUGGCGGCCUCCUGCCUUUCCUUCUAGUGGACCAGUUGCCCUGAGCGUCUGCCUGCGAACAUUGUCUGUGCUGGUAGAGACCCGCCUCCUGUCACAGGAAGCAUCACUGGAUUCCAUUCCCAGAUGCACCUCAUGCAAUGCUUCUUGUCUGUUACCCACAACAUGCAGCAUCAUUGGCCCUUCCAGGAGACCAGGCCAGUGGCCAUUCAUAGGAAAGAGCUCUGGGUGGCAGUAGGUGGUGAGCACCAUGUUUGUGUGGGAAAAUAAAGCUAGGCCUUCAGGUUGUACUUAAGAGCUGUAUAGUCUCUAGCAGUCUGGGCCAGGAGUCCUGAGGUGGCUUCCCUGAUGACCCAUGUCCCUGGUGUCAGGACUUGAGAGGGCCUGCACAUAUGUGGUCCAGCCAUUCUGAGGUAGGUCAUAGAGGGUCCCUUACCGGAAAGCCCACCAAUUUGCUUUAGCUUCCCAUACCUCCUUCCCUACCACCCUUAUCUACCUUUUAGGAAUAAGAAGACCCACCAGGGACAACAAAAUGCUGCCCAGCCAAAUUAGCCUCCAUGAACCAGGUCACAUAUUUAGGGUUCAGCAGAGACUCCUACCUACAUCCUAGCUGUCAGAUGCCAUUUGAUCACAGUGAGUCCCUUGUGUGUAAGAUUUGGCCAGCAGCUGUAGACACCCAGGAUGAAGGGCCAGCCAGCUGAUAGGAAGAGCUCAGCAGUCAAGGCAACUGCAGAAUCAGGGUGGCAGUAAGGUGGGGGUGGGGAGGGCUAAGUGAGGAAAAGCUGGAAACGGCAGGAGGGAAUCCCAGGCAUACUGCUAAAUUCUGGCUGGAUGUCAGCAGUGUCACCUGAGGCAAGGGGGGUGGGGUCCUGAAUCAGGUGCAGAGAGGCCCUGGAAAAGCUGUGGGUGCUGUGGUCAGGCUUCAGCCACCAAAAGCAGAACCAAACAACCUCAAAGCUUUGAAAAGAGCAGGGUCCAUGGGAAUAAUUUGUUGGGAGGUACACCCUGGGUGGCCAUAACCAUGGCAUGCUCCUUGGUUUCAGCCUGCAGUCUGCUUGGGGCUCUACAGAGAGCUGGAGGAGGGUGAUACCCCAACCCUGACUCCUGCUGAGAGCCCCUCCUGCUACCUUCUCCAGUUCACAAACCAUGGACCCAAGAACAACUGCCAGGUCCUGCCUCCUGGUAGCCACAGACAAACAUGAACCAAACCCCUACAGGAUAUGGCUUUCACAGAGUCUUGCUCCCCAAAAACCCAAACAAAAUGCAACUUUAUUUCCUGUUCUGAGGCCAAAGCUAAACCAGGAAGGCUGAGUACGGAGGGCAGGUGGCAGACAGGACUCUCCAACCCCCAAGGCCCAGCCUAGAUCCUGUGUCAUGACCGUAUGACUUGUCAUAUGUCCUGCCUCUCCCACCCUUCCUCUUAUCUCCUUGCCCAUUCCUGCCCCAAACUCAGACUGGCCUCUCUCCAGUCUGCUGCCUAAGGGCUGCCUAAGAGGAUUCUUUCCAGCUCAGUCCCAAGACCUGCACAGGAACAGAGGCCAUUGGCUCUCCUCCCACAUAUGGGAGGUGUAUAGGAGGAGCAGGCUGGAUUAUACCACAGCUUAGGUCCUGUUGCCUGAUGGGUGCCAGCCCCCAGAAGGAAUCAGUCAACAGGGACAUCUGUCAGAAGACCUGAGAAGGUCAUUGAUGAUGGAGGGCAGAAUAGGAAGCAGGGCCAUGGGCAGUGCUAUCUCAAAGCCACAGUGGACAGAGAGCAGGAUGGCCCCCAAAGUUCUCUUUUUAGUUUUUCCAAAUAAAUCAUUAGGCUGACACCAAAGUAUCAUCUCUGGCAUCUGUCCAUUACUGUGUUCUUCAGCCUAACCACAAUGAUAGAUUGACACUUUCCUGAGUCCACCUUUCUGACUUACCCAGCCAUCUUCCCAUGAACCCAUACGCCUCUACCCAUUCAUCUUUCUCCACCUACCCUUCCAUCUAACUUCCCCAUUAUCUACCUUCACCCACCUGUUCUCCAUCUAUCAUCAUCCAUCUGCUCAUCUCUCUGUCCACACCAUCUAAACUGUCUACCCCACCAUCCCAACAUACCAUCCUUGUGUCUGUCUGUCUUCCAGUCCCACCCACACAGCCAUCCACAGAUCCAUCUUUUCUGUCAUCUCCCUACCCACUAUACUCAGAGUAGUAUCAGCAUCCUCUGUGUACCAAAGACACUAGGUCCUCCCCUGCACUCUACUCUGCUUGCCCUGAACUGGCCAGGGGUGCCCUAAGAAUAUUCACCCAUGAGGCAACAGCUCUCAGUGCUCUGCCCCACCACGGCCUGCUUUAGACACCUCCAGAAGUAUGAGUUCCAACCGCAGGCAUUGUGAACAGCUUGGGCAAGUUCUUAUGGCAGCUGUGACACAUCUGGACGUUCUUGGGAAGAGAAGGUACCAAGAAUGUAUGCUGGGAGAAGGUCUAUACAGCUCUGGAAUGCUGUGUUAGGCAACUGUAUUCCCUGAAAGUAGAGGCAGUCCUUGACUCCAGGAGUCUGCCGAGAAGAGGGAAUCUCUGAAGAAAAGAGCAAGCCAAUGCUGACCUCCCUUGAGACAACAGUACUCUUAGGGCCUUGUUCCUCGGGACACUUAGGUAUAAUUCCCAUCUUGUAAGGAUCCCGUGUAGCUCAGAGUCGAACCUGUCUAGUCUUCCCUUACUGGAUCCAUUGAUGGUAAGGGGAAUUUGCCAGGUAUUUGGGACUAUCCACAGGCUCCCCUGAUAACUCAUUGCUCUUCCUGAAGCUCCUACCAUGUAGAGAAGUUUCUGAAAUGAGCCUGGGGAGAGAUCCCUGAGUUACCAUCAUGUUGGCAAGAGGAAGAGAAGAUAGAGAAACUGGAGGUGAGCGGGUUCAGGGGAACCAUCUACUCACUCCUGUAGGUGGCUUACAGACAAAGCUCAGGAAAGUUUGUCAACAAUGUGCAUAAGUCCCCAAAUUCUAGAAUACUCUAUCUUGUUUUCUGUUCCUUUCCUUUCAGUUCAGCUGGCCCUUAGAGUAGCAACCCAGACUGGGGAACGGGAAUGCGGCAUCUGACUCAAAAGUGCAGCCUACUCAACAUAUCCUCAAAGGAACAGGCCUGGCUCCCAUCCAGACAAGGCCCAGCAGCCCUCAGCUCACACCAUAACUGGGAGGAGCCAAGGGUCAGGCCAAGCACAGCCACACACAGCCUGCCCGGGAACCAUUGCUUUUCCAUUUCUUUUCCUCCUGCAGGAGUUGGGAGGAGAGUACUGGAUGUUUUCUUCAUGAAAAGCUGUGGUCCACAGCCCUCCAUGUCUGGGUGCUGUGUCAUACCACCCACUGCUAUCUUCUGCUGUCCUGUAUGUCUGCCCUGUGGGCCAUGGACACGAUGAUCAGGUUAAUCACAUCUGUGUAAUAAAGUGAACGUUUGCUAUGA